UAAUUUGCCCUUCGUCUUCCCACACUUUUCAUAUUCCCUAGUCUCUACUUUUUCAUGCACCCUCCUCUAGCAACAUUAAUUAGCAUUUAGCAAGAGAAAAAAACACUUCAACAAGAAAGAAAACAAACAAAAUUGAUAGAGAGAGAAAGAAAGGGAGAGAAAAUCAGAUUAAGGGUGAGAAAAAUUAUUGAGAGAAGGUACGUAGAAGGAAAGGGUUAUUAUUGAAAGUUUUUAGUAUUGGAUUUUACGUAAUUGUUGGUGCAAAAUGACUAGUGUUUUGGAUGCAGAGCGUGACAAAUACAGUAUGAUUAAUUUCGAAGAGACGGAAUUACGACUAGGACUACCCGGAGGAGGUGGUAACGAUGGCGAGGCGGCGAAGAACAACGGGAAGAGAGGAUUUUUGGAAACCGUUGAUUUGAAGCUUAACCUAUCAUCAAAGGAUUCCGGGAAGAAUAUUGAAGCUGAGAAGAUGAAGGAGAAGACUAGUGUUGUUACACCUCGUUCUAAUGAUCCUGCAAAGCCCCCAUCCAAGGCACAAGUUGUGGGUUGGCCACCCGUCCGAUCAUUCCGAAAGAACAUCGUGUCCGUCCAGAAGAAUAGUAACGAUGAAGCCGAAAAGGCUAGCAGCAGUGCAGCCUUUGUUAAGGUUAGCAUGGAUGGUGCACCAUAUUUACGUAAGGUGGACUUGAAGUUGUACAAGAGCUACAAGGACCUCUCUGAAGCCUUAGGCAAAAUGUUCAGUUCCUUUACCAUUGGUAAUUAUGGGUCACAAGGAAUGAAAGAUUUCAUGAACGAGAGCAAAUUGAUAGACCUUUUGAAUGAUUCUGAGUAUGUGCCAACUUACGAAGACAAGGAUGGAGAUUGGAUGCUUGUAGGCGAUGUGCCAUGGGAGAUGUUUGUUGAUUCAUGCAAGCGUUUGCGGAUAAUGAAAGGAUCUGAAGCAAUAGGACUCGCACCAAGAGCGGUGGAGAAAUGCAAGAACAGAAGCUGAAGUGGGUUUUGUCAGAGCUGUGUCUAUGAUCAAAAGAAGACAGACCAGCUCAAGAGGACUCUGCAAGAGAGAGCACAAAGUUUGGAUGUGUCUGUACCAUGUUUUUCAUUUUUUCUUCUUUAUAUAUAUUAUAUAUAUUAUAAGCAUAUGAGAGACAUAUUCGAGAUUUGUUAGGAAAAAGAAGCAAUAAUAAUAGAAGAUGUUCAUAAAGACUUUGCUCAAAGAUGUUCAUGUGUAAGUUUGUUUAAUUGCCAAUGGUUUUGUCUAAUAAUAAUUGUCAACGUUCUAGUUGUCGUGACUCA